AUCGACGGCGGCGAUCGAUUGAUCGGCGGUCGAUUUGCAAGGCGGCUUCGAGCCGGCGCCAUUUCGUUUUUUGCGUCUCGCCGAGCUGCUCGGUGUUGCUUGGAGUGGCGGCGGUGGCGGCGAUUUCCGAGGGAACUGUUUUGUAAAACUUUACACGUUUUUUUUUAUUUUUACGCACUCACCGUUUACAUUUUUUGUGUUUCAAAACGGAAGAUCCUCGUCUCCCGCCGCCCUCCUCACGCCAAACGACGACGGCAUGGAGAUCUUAAGGCGCUCGUCCGCCUGAGACACAGAGAGACAGCUUCACCCUCCCACGAUGGCGGGCGAGCGGGAUGACAAGCAGGACCUUCAGCGAGUCGGCGAGCGGGAUGGUGAGCGAGAGGACGGCGAGGAAGACGGCGCGCUGCUCGACUCGCUGAAACUCCCCCAAGAGAGCGGCAAGGAAUGGCAGGCGCGACGGCGAUUCCUGUCACAGAACCUCGAGCGAUUCCGCGGGGACGACCUGGAUCGGCUCGUCUCCCUCUCCAUGGUUUGGGCCAACCACAUCUUCCUGGGGUGCAGGUACAACUCAGAGCUGAUGAAGAAGGUGACUGAGAUGGCAAAGGGAAUUGAAGUUGACCAAGGCCCUAGGUUCAAUGUUCUCGGUCAGCCUAUCUCCGCACUUAAACGACCCGCAGAAGAACCGGCAUCUGGCGGCGGCUGCGGGAACUCGGAGCCAAGCGACUCGGUCACGUCGGAAAAAAAAGCGAGGUUGGCAUCGGUCGAGUCGCCCACCGGUGCCGGCACCGACGGCGAGAAAGCCACCGCGGCGCCGCAAGCGACGUAUCGGCCGCGCUUCGAGCCCAUUCAGUUUGUCCGUUCGCAGAAGCCCGCCGGUGCUGGGCCUUCCAACAACGCCGGCGACGACGGCGGAUGUAAACCCGGGGUAGGCAAUGUUGGCGGCGGUUUUGGAGGAAAUUCUGGAGGCGCUGGAGGAGGAGGAGGAGGAAGUGUCGGGGAUGUGGGAGCUCAGCAGUCGUCGGUUAAUUCAACGAGCGAUCUCCGAUCCCAGCUGGAGAGCCAGCUCCAGGAGCAUCUGCAGGCGAUGGUGCAAGCACAGCUGCAGGUGCAUCAGAGUGGCACGGGAAACAAGGCUGCGGCAGAAAAUCAGGCGCAAGCUGAGGAGCGUCUCCGCGCGCAAUUCGAGAAGAUGGUGGAGGCUCAGUUACGCACCGACCCAUCGGGAGUGGGGGUCCUCGUGUCCAUUUUGCAAGGUGCCGUCACCCAGGGCCAGACCCAGCCGCAGCAACAGCCACAGCUGCAGCAACAGAAGCAGCAUGGAACGCCGUCUGCAGCUUCGCCUCCGAAAGCAUUGGCUGCAGCAGCGGCGGCAGGGAGCGAGCGGGAAGCGGUUCAAAAGUCGGCGCUGUCGGACUAUGCAGCACAGCUGCAAGCCGACUAUCGCCAGCGCUUCAAGCCAGCCGGCACCACCGGGGCGACGCCCAGAAUGCAGCAACCGAGGCCAGGCGGCAGUAGAGGGCCCACUCUGCCACUAUCCCUCAGUUUGUUGCAGAAGCAGCAGCAGCAGGCUCUGAAGCAGCAGCAGCAACAGCAGGCUCUGAAGCAGCAACAGCAGGCUCUGAAGCAACAGCAGCAGCUGCAGCAGCAGGCUCUGAAGCAACAGCAGCAGCUGCAGCAAGCUGUGAAGCAGGAGCCGCAGCAACAACCUCAGGAGCAGCAGCAGCAGCAAGGUGUGAAUCAGGAGCAUCAGCAACAAUCUCAGAAUCAGGAGCAGCCGCGGCAGCAAGGUGUGAAUCAGGAGCCACAGCAACAAGGUGUGAAUCUGCGGCAGUCGCCGUUCAGCAGCAGCGUGAUCGCGGGGAAGCAGGCGAUCUUCACACGGCUACACAAGGUGGUGACGCUGAUGCUGAAAAAGGAGGGCGGCUUCAGGAAUGAUCUCAACUUCAGCAAGCUCCUGACGGCCGCCACGCAGGCGUCGCGCUGCAACCCCGAGUACACGUACGUGGAGAUGUCGAGGCUGGCGCCGUCCGACCUGCCUGCGGGGCAACAUUUAUCCACCCAGGGCUACGCCUGCGAGGUGCGCUGCAGCCACGUCUACCUGGCAACCGGCUUUUGGGUCGGCAAGAACGGCGCUCGCGACCGCGCCACUCAGCGGGCGCUGAGCCUCUUCCUGCAGGACUCGGUGCACGUGCAGCAGUUCGUGCGGCGCCGCAGCAGCAUCCUGCUUCGCCGCAGCAGGAACGGCGCAAACCCGGGGCUCGGCUCCGCCGAAGACGACUCCACCAUGCACGACCUCGUCCUCAACGACCGCGCGGAGUCGCCCAGAACGGACGUGCUGCCGGCGCUCACCGACUCCUUGGGGGACCCCACUCAGGACAGCUGGAUCGCUGCGGCGGUGGCGCCGGCGCCGGUGAGGGCGGCACCGGUGGUGAAACAGCCGCUGCUGUCGCAAUCUCCGAAGCAACAGCAGGCGCAGUCGCCGUUCGACAAGAUCAAGAUUCAACCGAGGCAGAUUAUCUUCACACGAUUGCACAAGGUGGUGAAGCGGAUGCUGCAGGAGGAGGGCGGCUUCAGGAGCGAGCUCAACUUCAGCAAGCUCUUCACGGCCGCCGCGCAGGAGUCUGGCUGCAACCCCGAGUACACGUACGUGGAGCUGUCGAGGCUGGCGCCGGCCGACCUGCCCAAGGACCGGCAGCUGCCCACCCAGGGCUACGCCUGCGAGCUGCGCUGCCGCCUCAUCUACCUUGCCACCGGCUACUCGGGCAGCAAGAACGGCGCCCGCGACCGCGCCACCCAGCGAGCGCUGAGCCUCUUCCUGCGCGACUCGGUGCACGUGCAGGAGGUCACGCGGCACCGCAGCAGCAUCCUGCUUCGGCGCGGCGACAACGGCGCCGCGCCCAGCGCCAACCCGGGCUUUGGCUCCCUCGAACGCGGCUCCGCCAUGCACGACCUCGUGCUCAACGACCGCUUGGAGCCGGCCAGGCCGGACCUGCCGCCGACGCUCUCGGAUCCCUUCUGCGACCCCGCUCCCAAGACCCGGAACGUUCCGGGGGCGGGGGCGGCGGCGGCGGCGGCGGCGGCGGCGCCGGCGAAGCAAUUGACGAUGCAUCAGCAGCGCUGCGGCGGGCAGUGGCACGGACGUGGAUCGACGCUGCGCGAGUUCGUGGUGCUGGACAACGCCGAUAACCCCGUGUGCGUGCUCAACAAUUCGGCGCAGUUCAACCGCACCGAGGUGGAGUUCCGCUUCGAGCCGCUGCAGAUGGACGCGAGCGGCGUGUUCCACUGGUGCUGCUCGCUCUACAUCGGCGGCGAUUUUGUCACCAGCGCCGUGGGGCCCAAGAAGGCGGUGAAGCAGACCGUGGCCGAGCAGGGCCUCGCCUUCCUGCGCCAGACCCGCCCCACCAUCACGCCGACGGCCAACGGCAACGUCGGCAACGUCGCCCAGGGGCCGACGGUGUCGCGCCGCGACAUCCUGCGUCGCGGCGGCGGCGAGCGCCUGUCGGAGGACAACGUGGGCAGCCAGCUGAUGCGCAAGAUGGGCUGGACGGGAGGCGGGAUCGGCGCGGCCGGGCGCGAGGGAAUCGCCGAGCCCAUCACCGUGCACCAGCGCAUGGCGCGCGAGGGGCUCGGCACGAACCAGGGCAGCGCGGUGACGGCGCGCAGCGUGGAGGAGGUGAUCCGGGAAUACGCCAUGUCGUCCCGGCAGGACGAGCUCACCUUCUCGUCGGAGCUGACGCUGGACGAGCGCAAGUGCGUGCACCUGGUGGCCGCGCGCUACAACCUGCGCAGCAAGAGCUACUGGCGGGACGGCCGGCGCCACCUGGUGCUGCGGCGGCGCAUGCACCGCGACGACAUAAUGCGCGAGCUGGAGCGCGACGGUCAGGUCGGCCGGUAUAUCCUGCACAAGCCGGGGCCGACGAUGAAGCACAGCUGAGGCGCGGGGGGGGCCCGCGGACCCGCUCGCGGUGUUGGAACUGAUCAAUUUGAACGAGCGUUUCGUUCGGAGGGAAAUCCGGAGUGUGCCGGAGAACUUUUGACUCUUGUGGGCGUAACGGCACUCGGCGGUUGUUGAAGAUGGGUUCGCAAACCCACCUGCUGUACCGAUAUCUCAUUACCUAAAGGAAUGUUAACAUUACUAUAAUGGAAAUAGUAAAACAAAAGGGGUCUGUCGCAUCCUGUCGAAAGUCAAAUAAAGUAACGUGUCCAGCGGCCUGAUGGACUUUCACGA